GGGUGAUCACAUGAUCUAGUGGAUCUUCCCCAUUCAGGAGUACCAGACUCUGCAGUUCUGCUCUUCUGAUCUUUUCCUAUGUUUCUCUCUCUGUGCAGAGUUUAAACUCGUUCAACCGGGUUACAGGGAGUCGUGCUCUGCAGGGACAGGACUGCGGGAGUCGAGCAGGUUUCUUCUGGAUCAUCACUGAACAGGGCCAGUCAUGGCAGAGUUGUUGGAGCAGUAUCGCAAAAGAAUACGGACUGAGUUGGACAGAGUUGUGGACUUCUGGCUGAAGUUUUCUCAUGAUGAGCAAUAUGGUGGCUUUUUUACCUGCAUUGGAAAAGAUGGGAAGAUCUAUGAUGAACUUAAAUAUGUGUGGCUACAGGGCAGACAGGUAUGGAUGUACUGCCGACUUUACCGCACAGUUGAGAGGUUUCAGCGCCCCGAGAUCCUUGAAGCUGCCAAAUCAGGUGGAGCAUUCCUUCAGCGAUUCGCUCGAGUCCAGUCGUCAGGUGGUCCUGGGAAAUGUGCGUUCUGUCUGACGAGAGACGGGCGUCCGAUGAAGGUUCAGAGGACCAUCUUCAGCGAGUGUUUCUACGUGAUGGCCAUGGACGAGCUAUCUAGGGUCACUGGAGAAAAAAGCAUGCAGGCUGAUGCAGAGAGUAUGAUGGAUCAGUUGGUGCUUUGGGUCCGGGUCGACUCUUCAGGUCUGGGUCGGCCUCAGCUGACUGGUGAUUCACCUGUGAAUAGCAUGGCGGUUCCCAUGAUGCUCCUGUGCCUUGUGGAUCAGCUGACAGAGGGCAGGGAAGAUCUGACAGACAAAUACAGAGAUCUAGGAGACUGGUGCGUCAAACAGAUACUGCAACAUGUACAGAGAGAUGGAAAGGCCAUUCUUGAAAAUGUUUCACCGGAUGGAAAGGAACUGCCUGGUUGCCAAGGACGACUGCAGAACCCAGGUCAUGCUCUGGAGGCUGGCUGGUUCCUUCUGCAGUACGCAAAGGCCCAAGGUGACUCAGAUCUGCAGAAGCUAGCCGUGGAGAAGUUCAUGGAGGUCCCGUUCCUCACAGGCUGGGAUGGAGAGCAUGGCGGACUCUUCUACUUCCUAGACGUAGAUGGACACUGUCCCACUCAGCUGGAGUGGAACAUGAAGCUGUGGUGGCCGCACUGCGAGGCUCUCAUCUCCUAUCUAAUGGCCUACAGUCACUUCAGAGAUCCUGCAAUGCUGAACAGGUUCACACAGGUCUAUGACUACACCUUCAAUCACUUUCCUGAUGAAGAGCAUGGGGAGUGGUUUGGAUAUCUGAGGCAGCAGGGCGAGGUGGUGCUGGACUUUAAAGGGGGACCUUUUAAAGGAUUCUUCCAUGUUCCUCGAUGUCUCUAUAUGUGUGAGAAGAUGCUGGAUCAUCUGCUUGCAAAUGGAGACUGAAGAUGUUACGAGUUGGUGGAUGAUACUCUGGAGCUAUUCAUCCCCUCACUCCCCUUUAAAAUGCAAGCUUUGUAUUUCUAAGUGCCAAUAACUUUAAACUUUUGAAUGUGAUUGUGAUUUGUCUUUGUGUUUAUGAAUACGAAAGGGAUUAGAUUUUUUUCAUAUAUGAUCAUAUACUGAUUUCAAGCUCAUACUGUGCAGUUGGGGUGAUGUAUGGGUUUAGAGGUGGGGCCGGAGGGAGAGCUGAUUGACUGUGCUCAUGGGCGUGGUAGUGGGGGGAAAAGUGGACCUGACUACACAGGGCCCGAGUAAAAAGAGGGGCCCAUGAAAAUCCACGUUCAUUGUGUACUGGCAUGGACAGGGGCCCACUGACAUUGAGAGUGUACAGGGCCCAGAAUUUGCUGCUACGCCCCUGACUGUGCUGCAGGAGCAGCAGUGUGCCUGUGAUAGCGGUGGAACCCAAAUGGUUGGAUGUCAGCAGAGGGGAGGUAUUAUUGAUUGACUGAUCUGCAUAUUGUUAUGUGUCUGCAUACCAAAGUACACAGACAAAUCUUUCUCACCUUUAGCACAGUUAAACCUGAGAGGGUCUGGUAUGUUUUGUUAAUUCAAAGGAACACAUUUUAGCUAUAAAUGAAAAAUAUAUUACCUUUAAGAAGACUUCUGGGGAGCUUUAGUGUGUAAGAUGUUAAAUGGUUCUUCAGCAGGAAGGAAAAGGCUGAGAAGAAAUAAAAAAUGAAGAUGCCUGAAGAAUUUUCAAUAAGAGCACUACAUCUUAAAUCCAAACUACAUCUUAACCAGUCAUUUAACACUACACUUGCUGUUCUAGCUUUUGUCAGCAUCUUAACAUUAGCAGUAAUAUAAUCUAACUGGUCCAGCAGUCUAAAGCGCUGCCACUAGGAUCGGGAGAUCGCUGGUUCGAAUCCCAGUCAUGCAGCUUGCCAACAGCUGCCAGAGUCCUUAGAGAGCACAAUUGGCCUUGCUCUCUCUGGGUGGAUAGAUGGCGCUCUUUCCCCUUAUUACUCCAAGGCUAACGCCAAUCAGCUGCAAUUCAUUAUAUUAAAGUAUCUGAGAUAGUAUGUGCUGCUUAGUGCCUUUAUCUAUAUAAGAUUUUUACUGUAAGCAAUACUAACAAACAAGCCAUCAUUCAAUACCAUCAGGUCUUUUAAACUGAUCCAGAACUUGGGAAGUCUCAAUUUAUUAUAAAUCAUCCAUGGCACUCCUCAAAAAUAUUCUGAUAACUGGCUUCAAAUCCCAGAUGCUGGCCAAUAAAGCCAAAAAGACACCAAAAUCUUUAUCUGAAUUGCAGUUGUCAAAUUAAUGAGCCACCAAGUGUUUCAAAUAUGGCUCAACUUGACCUGCCAACGUUCCACACAUCUGAACUUUUCCCUGUCCUGGAACCUGGAAGUGGUGAAAUGAACUUUCCAUGGGUGUCUAAAGAGUUAUUUCUAUUUAAAACAAAACUGAAGACAAGAGCACAAAAGUCAGCACUUAUAAUCCAACACUAAUUGAAAGGCUUAAAAUUGCACUUAAAUGUCGUACGUUUGAUGGCUCUGGCGUUCAUCUACAGGGUAGCAUUGUGUUUCUGUUCUUCUGCUUUUGACCGUGUUAACAUUGUAUUAAAAUUUCCUGAUGAAUGGACCAAUAGAAACACUCCAAAAUGACACUGAAUAAAAUAUUUUU